CUCAGGCGAUCAGAAUCUCGAUUUUGAUAGACAGCAGGAGCAAUCCGAUGAGCUGUGAAGCUCUUUUGCCGUCAACUCUAAACCACUUUUAUUAUUUCGCCAGGUGUAAGGUCCCCUCACUGAGCUGCUGUGUAGCUCUGUGUUUCAGACAAAGCGACCUGCCAUCACCACAAUGAUGGCAGGUCAACCAAGAUUCUGGUAUCAUCAUCAUCACGUGGACAUUUGAACCUCAUGGCGGGACCCACGGGGAUCCUGAAUGAACGUAAGUCAAAAUCGUAAUUUAUUUAUUUUUGGCGACUCCGUCCCACCGCGUACAUAAACACCGCGACCCACCCAGCGUCGACCAUUCUGCCAUCAUGUCCAAGCGCAGCGAGAACAAAAGGGCAGCAGAGCUGAACAAGCGAAUGCACUCCAUGCUCGGGUAUGGGCAGGAUCAUUGGCAAUCCCUGCCCGCGUCCACCUUUGGCGAAUCGCUGGCCGUUCUCGAGGACUUCCGGAAAACAUUCGGCAGCAAUUUCGUCGCGAGUCGGUGGAGGGAGCGCAUCAUUGAGUACGUAAGCCUUUCCAAUGGUACGUUCCCAGCGUCGACGUCGACGGCUACGGCCUCGUGCCAGACAUCAACGGUGGCGGUGACGGCGCCAUCAUCUGCUACAUCGUCUCGCGUGACAGCACUUUCGUCCUCACAAUUGUCAACUCUGUCCAGCAGCGAAAGCGGUCGUCGGGUGGGCGGCAGUGGUGGAUCGCAGCAAACCGUCCCGCUUCGUCAAGUUCGUGAACGUUGCAAUCGCAAGGACACUGCAAUGGCCCGCGCCAUCAGCAUUCUCGGUGAUGACGCUGUUCGCAAAAUUCGGGAUGAUUGGCAGUUGAUGGAGACCGACCGGAAUGGAUCUGAAUGGCAACAGUCGGAGAGGAUUGUCCUGCAGAUGCUUCAGCAGGGCUUGUCAGAGAGCGUGAUUCGUGCAAUCAUCCCAGUCGGCGGUUCCAGGAUCCAUCGAUUGCGGAAAGUCCUCGAGAAUGGCAUCGAAACACUGCAUACGCGACGCCCGCCAAAAGUUCCACAUCAUGCCCUUGCUGAUGAUGAUCUCGACGCCAUCAAGGAGAAUGCCUACACGUGGGAGGUCGAGGACGACUUUCCCUGCUCUCAUCGUCGGCCUCGACAGUACUUUGUUGAGCCCAACAUCACCUGGACCAAGCUUUAUCGCCGAUACAAGGCCAAGUUGGAUGCUGUCAAGGGGUGUCGAGUCGUGUCGUAUUCGCGAUGGAUUCAAUACGUUCACAUGUUCUAUCCCGGACUGCGCUUGACGCGCACCACGGAAGACGUCUGCGACUGCUGCGUUCGCCUCGACGUCCGGCUCGCGUGCGAGGAUCUUCCAGCAGAUGAGCGCAAGCGCCUACUGGAGGAGAAGAAUUUGCAUCUCGAUGCGGCCAUCGACCAGCGCCGGACGGUGUCCACUUUCGUCAAGGAGUACGUCAAGCGGCACGCUCCUGAUCAGAACAUCCCCGUCACCAUAAUUCCGGACCACUAUGACGACGCCGAACCCGACAUUGUUGAUUCUGCCUACGAAUCGAGCCCCCUGCCGACGAUUCAGAUUCAGAUUGAGGAAUUUGGCGGUAGCUUCGCCAUGCCACACUAUGGUCACAUGCGGCCGUCCGCCGAUUACUUUGAUUCAAACCUGAUGUUGCAGAAUUUCGUGCUGGCGGAUAUCACGAGCGGUAUCAACAAUGUGAUCUUUUAUGACGAGCGUGCCCAAGGAAAGGAUGCGGACGCAUUGUGUAGUCUUCGCUUCAUGUACCACAUGCGGCUGCUCGCCAAAAACCCGGGCGCGAUGUCCAAGACCCUGGUGGUGAUUCUGGACAACUGCGUUGGCCAGAACAAGUCUCAAGUCAUGUUCAUGUUCUUUGCGCUGCUGUCGCUCUUGUUCUACCGCAAAGUCGUUUUGUUGUACCUCAUGCCGGGGCACUCGCACAACCAAGCCGAUCGAGUUGUUACAUGGUGUCGCAAUUCAAUGAAGGGCAAGAACUUCUACACGCCGUCGGAUAUCGUCGAUACUGUCAACCUGAUCAACAGCGUCGAGGCAACGUUCAUCGAUCAUCAGGAUGCCCAACGCCCUUUUUACACGGGCUGGGAGAGUCUUUUGAAGAAGCACUUCAAGUCGAUGCCGCCCCGAUACACUUCCAACUACUUCUUUGAGUUCGAUGAAGGAGUGCUCAGCAUGAGACACCUGAGUUCGACUCCGGACAACGAGGUCACCUGUGUCCCACUAAUCGUGCCGGAGAACAUCGAUCUCGUUCGGCGAUCCAUUCUACAGGAUCUUUUUGGCACCAAUGUCAACACGAUCGAGGAGGGGACGUUCGAGUCGAUCCGAUUGCCGACGGCUCCUGUCAGCAGCCUAUCAAACAAGAAGCUGGCCUCGCUAUCGAAGAAGUACUUCUCGAUUCCACCCGAACACCUGCCGUACUAUCCGGCUGUCCCGAGCGAGAUCAGCUCGCAGAUCGACGACCAUCCGAUGCCUGAAGGAAGCCCCACUCGUGCGACGAAACGAAAGCGUGCCGCCGUUGACGCGAUGGUGGAGCCGGCCACUGACAUUGGUCCGGCAGGCAGGCCGAAAUGAUAGCAGCUCAACCGAAUGGCUGAUAUCAUCAUCAUCGCCACCACCACCGUGGGAAUGUAGAGCUGCCAAAAUUAUCUAAACCUAGUCUGUUAACAGACUGUCAGGGCAAGUCAUAAUUUUGUUACUGUGGUAGGAGUAGGAAAUCUGAAACGCUGUUAAGCUCUUUGUUUAGAGAUGUUCCAGUAGGAGGCACACGGGGUCAGAACGUUACAAGAACAAACAAUGCCAGACAUAAACAACACCGAUAGGAGUACAAAGCAAUAGGAAGGGUAAACACAUCGCUUUAAAUAUAUUUACACAAUUAAAACGACAACGAUUUGUAACGAUGUAAUCGAGGAUUCGAAUCCUCUGUAUAGUUUGAGGGUGGCGAUUACUUCCAACCGAUUCCCAAGAUUUAAUUGAGGCAUCGAUUCUUCUGAAAGUUUCUGCGGCGAUUUCCCCUACAGAUUCAAAGAUAUAAUCGCGGAAUCGUUUCCUCUGCAAAAUUAAGUUUAGCGAUUCUGGACUGUGAACAAUAUUUGUCGAGAUCGAUUCUUCCCGUUAAGUUGGAUUCAAUCGACCGAUUCCGACUUUAAGAUUCUUUCCGAGAAAUAUCGAAAUUGAUUUUUCGUUUUGGAUUCAAUGGAGCGAAUUCUAUCGAUUCAACUUUUUUCGUAAAAUAAAUAAAUAAUAUAGGAUUAUAACUAUCGGAUAUUCAUAUAGGAUGGUAUAGGAUUUUAAUACAAAUAUAUAUGAAUAUAGGAUAAUAUUACAGGAUAUGAAUCUCAAUAUAGGAUAUUAAUAUAGGAUAUUAAUACCCACUAGAGGAUAUUAAUAUUAUUAUAGGAUAUUAAUAUAAAUUUAGAAUAUUCAUAUUCUUCUUGGGAAUAUUAUUUUAUUAUUUCCCUUCUACGUGACUUUACCGAAAGAACCAAGAAAAUGAAUCCCUGCAGUCACGAAAGCUUUAAAUCGAAAAAUAUUCAUAUUAUUAUAGGAUAUUAAUUGGACUAUCCUUUGUGGUCAGGCCGCGAGCUGAAAUGUUUUUUUUUUAUAACAGCUCAGUGGGGUCUUAACCUGAUAAAGUAAAAUAAAUAAAACUAGUUUCUAGUUUAGUUUCUAGUUUCAUCGGCAGUAGCAGAGUCAGGCAAUUUGCUUGAACCAGCUGGGGGCGCCAUGGUGCCUAUGGAGAUGGUAACCACCUCGCUUUGGAUACAGGAGGUCAUGGGUUCUAUCCCGAUCCUGGCCAUCCAUUUCUGCUGCUGCUGUAUAUUUGGAGUCUGCGUCUCUCUCUCCCCUGUGGUGGUCACUGCGUGGAUUUUUCUCUUUCGCGACCAAUAUCAUCCAUAAUAGAGGUUGUUUUAGGGUUAGAUCACAUACAUAUAUAUCGUACUCAGAUUGUAAAUGUUGUGGCUUGGCUCUCCAACACACCAGCGUGCUGUACUAGUGACUAAUUGGCAUGUUCUGUUUACGUGACAACCCUUACUAGUUGGCUGUGUCAGGUGGUGGCAGGUUUUAAUGACACAUUUAUAUAUUUACGAGAUGUAACCCAAAAAAGACAUCUAUUAAGGAUAAUGAAGCCGACGCUUAUUUCAACGUGAAGUUCCUUGGUCCAUUCUGCCUUCCCACACGCUCUGUUGCUCAACCUCCGUGAUUUUAUUGCGAUUCUCAAGCAUUUUAGAUUCGUUUGAUUUACUUCAUCCUUAUGGAACGAAAAAAAGGUGUAAGAAACCUUUUAAAACUGUCAUUCUACUCGAUACACGAUUGGUAGUUGAUUCAAUGUGCUCUUUGUGUUCACCGUCUUAAACAAAAUAAUAACAGCUUCAUAUUGGACCCUUGGUCAGGAACGUAACCCCACAUCGUGUGGUCGUUUCUCUGGGAGAAUGGGUCUCGACUUACGUCGUUUCGACACCGCGUCGACUUUUUACACGCUUUCUUUUAACUCAGUCCGUUGUCAUUGUUGUUGUCGUUGUAUCCUCAAAUCUUGUAACUCAAUUUUAAUCUACUUCCCAAUGUGGUAUCGACUGCAAACUUGGUAUACUUAUGUCAUACUCAUGACAAUGCUAUAUUCUAUCAUUAAAAAUAUAUAUAUUUUUAAACAUUAUUUUUUAUGUUAUGUUUCGGCUUAGGUCUAAUUGUCCACGCUCAACUAACGUUGGCUGUAAUUGGCCACGGUCCCUUACAUUAUGGCAAGCUUCGGGGCCACUUCCUGGAAUCAUGGAGUUCUGCCAUUACUAGAACAUUUCAUAAAAGCGUGUUAAAAAAAAGUUUUUUAAAUGUAACUUUUUGGAGGUACGUCACCUGACGUAGGACUGAAGACCGCGUGGACGGGAGCAGUCCCCCACUUAUGAACGCAUUCCCUGAGACCCCACCCCCUGCUCGUGAGUCUAGCGGUUCUUAAUUUGGAACACUACAUAUGUGUUGAGGAGCUGCCACGGACGCACUCGGACACGGAGGUAAGUUAUGGCCUUUCGCCGAGGGUUUAUUACUGGUGAACAAUAAUACACAAGGGUACACAACUCCCAGGGGCGAUGGCUCCUACACUGAGUCCUGGUCCCUGCCCGGCUAGCUCUGGUCUCUCUCGUGUCGGAUUGGGGACUCUGCCGACUCCACCGACCGGAGAGAGAAGCACCUCUACGGCUGCUACCACCAGCUUCUCCCCAGACUCGCUACUCGAUCCCUCUCUACCCCUGGUUCCCUCUUCACCCUUCUUACUCUACCCGUUCCCACAGUG